UGCUUUUCCCUCCAGUCCUCUAUCUCUCUCUCUUCCUCUCCACGAAUCACACACGACUCUCGCACCUCCAUUUUACGAACAUCAUACCCUUGUCAUUUGUUCUUUUCGAAGCGUCCUCAUUCAAACACAGACCGACCAUCACAAUGACGUCGAUAGGAACCGGUUACGAUCUCGCCAACUCCAUCUUCUCCCCCGAUGGCCGAAACUUCCAGGUCGAGUACGCUGUGAAGGCAGUCGAGAAUGGCGGCACAUCCAUCGGCAUCCGGUGCAAAGACGGCGUGGUCCUGGCGGUUGAGAAGGUCGUCACAUCCAAACUGCUAAAGGCUGGCGCAAACAAGAGGAUUGCAACUGUUGACAGACAUCUGGGCGUUGUCUACUCCGGCAUGAUCCCCGACGGCAGACACUUCAUCGACCGCGCACGCGACGAGGCCCGCUCCUGGCGCGACAACUUCAAGGCCCCCAUCACGACCGCCGACCUCGCCUCGCGCAUGGGCGGCUACCUGCAGGCCUACACCCUGUACCAGUCCGUCCGCCCCUUCGGCAUCACUGCCAUCGUGGGCGGUUUUGACAGCGAGCUCGAGCUGCCCGUAGACGGCCAGGUCGGAUCAGGACCCUCGUGCGGCGCCGGCGGCAAGGUCCAGGACAAGAAGCACGGCGGUCCUUUUCUCUACAUGAUUGAGCCCUCGGGCAUGUACUGGGGCUACUACGGCGCCGCGACAGGCAAGGGCCGCCAGGCCGCCAAGGCCGAGCUGGAGAAGCUCGACCUCGGCGGGGAGGGCAUCACCCUCGAGCAGGCCGUCAAGGAGGCCGCGCGCAUCAUCCACACCGCCCACGACGACAACAAGGACAAGGAGUACGAGCUGGAGAUGAGCUGGAUCAGCGGCCAGGAUGGCCCCACCAAGGGUCGGCAUGAGGAGGUCCCCAAGAAACUCAUCGAGGAGGCCCUCCGGUUAGCAAAGGAGAAGGACGACGAGGAUGAGGAGGACGAGAAGAAGGAUGACGACAAAAUGGAGGAGGACUGA